AUGGUGGAUAAGUGGCUGGAGCAGCUUCUGGCGUGUGAGCCAUUGGCAGAGACUGAUGUUAAAGAGCUGUGCAGAAUGGCAAUAGAAAUAUUCCAGAGGGAGAGCACUCUUAUUUCCUUGAAGGCCCCAAUAACCAUAUGCGGUGAUGUCCACGGGCAAUUCUUUGAUCUUCUUGAGCUGUUUAAAGUAGGCGGAUUCCCUCCAGAGACUCCCUAUUUGUUCAUGGGUGACUACGUCGACAGAGGAUACCACUCCGUGGAAACUCUCAGUCUUCUUCUGUGCCUGAAGAUCAAGCACCCAGAGUCUGUGGGAAUGCUCAGAGGAAACCACGAAAGCAGACAGAUCACACAGGUGUACGGCUUCUACGACGAGUGUUUUAGGAAGUACGGCUCGUCAAACGUUUGGAAAUACUUCACAGAUCUUUUUGAUUAUCUGCCGCUCGCUGCGAUUGUCAACGAUGACGUAUUUUGUCUACACGGAGGACUAAGUCCUGCGGUGGAGAGUUUGGAUGACAUCAGAAAACUAGAUAGAGUGCAGGAGGUGCCACAUGAGGGAGGCAUGUGCGAUCUGCUGUGGAGCGACCCCGAAGAAAGAAAGGGCUGGGGAGCAUCGCCCAGAGGAGCAGGCUACACCUUUGGAGAGGACAUCACCGAGCAGUUCACCAAAAAGAACGGACUAAAAAUGAUUUGCAGAGCACAUCAGCUGGUGAUGAACGGCCACAACUGGAACCACCACAAGGGCGUGGUUACCGUCUUUUCUGCUCCGAACUACUGCUACAGAUGCGGCAACUUAGCAUCACUGAUGGAAAUGGAUGAGCACGGGGCGUACCAGUUUACGCAGUUUGAGUCAUCGCCCGAGCAAAUACAGGAUAAGAGCGCUCUGCAAGUGCCAAAUUACUUUAUAUAA